AUGUCUGACAACGAUCAGGAUCGACUUGAGACUGCGACUGCCCUCAUGAUCAACCUCAAGCACCAAAGCCGGCGAGAGUGGCGUUCUCGAUGCUCUCUACUCGUUCGAGAAGUCGGACCAGCUUCUGAAGCUGGUUGGCACCUUUGCGAAGCGGAACAAGUGCGCAAGACCCUUCAAGAUUGGCAGCACGUUGUCGACGGCGUUGAGCUGAAUGCGUUUUUGAUGAACGUUUUCUUUGGCUUCCAGUGGCAAGCUGCCAAGACCGCGUUUGAGCGGAACGUGGGCACAAACGGCUACCCUGCAACUUGGGAGAGUUUUAACACUCUCAGCACCAUCACCGCACAGAUUCAAGUCUACUGGCUCGUCUUUGCGUACCCGGCUCUCCAGUACGCCAACUGCUGCUUCCAGGAGCUUGCUCGCUUCCAGUACGACUUCAUCGUUCACGUGGCUGAGCGUGAUCAGAAGACGUUCUGGCAGUUCGCUCCUCAGCUGGUUUUUGACUUCAAGCUUCGCAACCCGAAGAUUGCUCCUCUCGGUCCCGUCGACAGCUUCAACAGCGAGAGGGCUCUGGAAAAGCACGACCAGUACACGCUUGAGCUCGAGAAACUCAAGGAAGACUCUGUGCUGCAGUUGCUGACGACCUGGCGGCGAUGA